AUGUCAUCAGAUAAAUCUACAGAUAACCCAUGGAACCAAGAGACAAGUCAGAAAUUUGAAAGCAAACGUCCCGGAGAAUACUUUGAUCCUUGCCAAGAAGCUGCCUCGAGAAGUUUGAAAUGUUUGGCUCGAAAUGGAGGCGAUAGAGAUAUGUGUACGGACUAUUUCCAAGCAUAUCGAGACUGCAAGAAGCAAUGGAUCGAGCAACGAAAGGAAGCCAAGAGGAAAGCGGGGUGGUUUUCAUAA